AUGAUUACCGAGGCUGGUGAUGCUCUUCAUCUCUCACUCCCCCCUGCUCAUCGUCUCCUCGUUUCACUCGGGACUCCCUGGACUUCUACCAUAGAGCUUAUGAACCAUUUUCAAGAGGGAUGCGGCCCGGAUCUACUGCAUUCGAGAACGUUUCGUUCUGUUCAAAUAGCUUGUCGUAACCAGCCAUCUACCGUAAUCGCAGCAUUCGAAGGGAUACAGGAUGCCAUGUCUCAAUGCGCAGAUCGGAUGCGUUUUCAGCAAUGGGACUGCACCAAUGUUGGUCAUAUAAUGCAUGAUCCACCGAUAUUGAAAUAUGGAUAUCGAGAAUCGGCUUUGAUCUGGGCUCUGUCUUCCGCUGGAGCCGCAUGGGGAGUAGCGACAGCAUGUGCUCAAGGUUGGAUCGACGACUGUUCGUGUAUACAUGAUGGACAGCCCGGAUGGGAAUAUGGCGGUUGCUCAUACAGCGUACAGCAUGGGAUUACAGCCAGCCGCAAACUUCUCACGAGAACGCCCAUCGUUCGAACGCCAUUAAGGAGCGUCGAAAAGCAUAACCUCAAAGCAGGACGUCUUGCUGUCAAGAAGACCUUGAUUGCGUCCUGCAAAUGCCAUGGAGUGUCCGGCUCAUGCCAGCAGAAGACUUGUUGGAAAAGGACGGCUACACUCGAUCACAUCGCCGAUUAUUUGAUCGAAAAGUAUGCUCGCUCCAAGCUGCUCUCACCGGACCAAAAGGCGAAAAACGCCGAUCUCGUAUUCAUUGAACCUUCGCCUGAUCCAUGUCUACAAAUGACAACUGGUCGAGUGUGUGCAUGGCGCAACGAGACUCAUACUCAAGGCGAUUGUUCUCGAUUAUGUUGUGGAAAAGGGUUUAAGAUCACACAUGAAGUACUUCAUUAUAAAUGCGAUUGUAAGUUUGUAUGGUGUUGUAAAUUGAUCUGCAAAGAUUGUUUACAACAUCGAUGGGUGUCGACAUGCAAAUAA